UAAGUUGACAUCCCUCCAUCCCAUCCUCGGGUGCGGGACCGCGACUCCGUCAGUCUCCUCUCUCCGCUCUGAGCGCCCGGUGAUGCGGUGCUGAGCAGGUGUGAGCAUCGUGAAGGACGAACGGAGACGGACGGACACUACCGGAGGGAAAUCCAGGCAGUCCUGCUCAUGUUCCAUCAGCUGAGCUUUAAGCUGUAACCCCACCAGGUGGUUCUCACUUCAGCAUCAUGCUGCACCUCACCCUGCUCCUCCAUCUCCUGGUCCUCUCACUCUCUUCUGCAGAUGCAUCAUUCCAUGGGGAGGUACCUGACUUUUAUAGAGAUGAAGCCGCAGGUUUCGGGCCAGUGUUUGAGGAGCAGCCGGUGGACACCAUCUACCCUGAGGAGUCGCCCGAGGACAAAAUCAUCCUAAACUGCCGCGCUCGGGCCAAUCCACCUGCCACAUACAAAUGGAGGCUUAACAACUUGCACAUUGAUCUGAAUGAAGAGGGCAGCCUCUACAGUUUAGCGGGAGGCAACCUGGUCAUCAACAACCCACUCAAAACCAAACACGAAGGGAAUUACUCCUGCAUGGCUUCCAACAUGUUCGGAGCGGUCGUCAGCCGAAAGGGCUCGGUCCAGUUCGGAUACCUGGAUCUUUUCUCUUCAGAGGAGAGGGAGACGGUGAAAAUCAAAGAGGGACAGGGGGCAGUGCUGCUCUGCGCUCCCCCGCCACAUCAUCCAGCCGAGCUGUCGUUCCGAUGGAUCCUCAACGAGUUCCCCACUUUCAUCCCGCUGGACCAGCGGCGCUUUGUCUCCCAGUCCAACGGGAACCUGUACAUCUCCAAGGUGGACUCGUCGGACACCGGCAACUACUCCUGCAUCGCGUCCAGCCCGUCCAUCUCCAAGAGCGUGUUCUCCAACUACAUCCCUCUGGUGCCUCAGGCUGAACGUCCCAUCAGGAAGUACCCUGCUGACCUCAACGUCAAGUUCCCAGACACCACAGCUCUGGUCGGGCAGAAUAUCACCUUGGAGUGCUUCGCUCUGGGAAACCCCGUUCCUGAGAUCCACUGGAAAAAGCUGGAGGGGCCAAUGCCGCCCAAUCAUGAGAAGGCGGGGGCUCAUCUGCACCUGUACAAUGUGCAGUAUGAAGAUGGCGGCACGUAUCAGUGCGAGGCGGUGAACUCCAGAGGAAAAGACUACCACACUGCCCGUGUGUCUGUGGAAGCUUUCCCUGAGUGGGUAGAGCACAUCAGCAGCACAGAGAGAGACCUCCACAGCGAGUACACCAUGUCCUGCGAAGCCAGCGGCAAACCCAAACCACGCAUCCACUGGCUGAAAAACGGAGAACCGCUGGACAGGAACGAGAUGAAGUUCAGCAGCCUGAUGUUCGACGACUCGGGGAUGUACCAGUGCAUAGCACAGAAUCGCCACGGAGUCAUAUAUGCCAACGCGGAGCUGCGUGUGUUCGCCUGUGCGCCCACGUUUGAACACAACCCAGUGAAGAGGGUCCUGGUGGCCAAAAACGGCCGGGUGGUGAUCCAGUGUCGACCGAAAGCUGCUCCGAAGCCAAACUUCUCCUGGAGCAAAGACACGGAGCUGAUCUCCAACUCUACCAGGGUGUUCAUCUGGGAGGACGGGAGCCUGGAGAUCCUCAACGUGACGCGGGCAGAUGAAGGCCGGUACACCUGCUUCGCCGAGAACGACCGGGGCAAGGCCAACAGCACGGGCACUCUGCUGGUCACAGAGUCCACAAAGAUCACCCUGGCGCCGGCCAACGCUGACGUUAAAGUGGGAGAGAACACCUUGAUGCAGUGCGGCGCCUCGCACGACUCCUCCCUGGACAUCACCUUCAUCUGGUCGCUGGACGGCCGCGUCAUUGACCUGCACAAGGAGAGCCAGCACUACGAGCGCACACCGAACGGGAGCUCGAACGGCGAGCUGCUGAUUAAACACACCCAGCUGAAGCACGCCGGACGAUACAGCUGCACUGCGCAGACCACCGUCGACAACAUCACCGCCUCUGCCCACCUGGUUGUCAGGGGUCCCCCGGGGGCCCCAGGUGGGCUGCGAGUGGUGAACCAAACCGACAAGAGUGUGACGCUGCAGUGGAGCCGGGGAGCAGACAACCACAGCCCCAUCUCCAGAUACACCAUCCAGUACAGGGAUUUCCUCCAGAACGACGUCUGGAAGAACGCCACUACAUCUCCUGCCGAGGUAGAGGGGAACACAGAGACAGCUACCGUGGUGGAUUUGCUCCCCUGGACCGAGUAUGAGUUCAGGGUGAUUGCCAUCAACACCCUGGGGACAGGAGAUCCGAGCAACCCGUCCCCCAAACACACGACCCUGGAAGCAGUUCCUGUGGUGGCGCCCUCGGACAUCGGCGGGGGUGGAGGGACCAGCAGAGAGCUGACCAUCACGUGGACGCCGAUGCAGCCACAGUACUACUACGGUUCCAACUUUGGCUACAUUGUGGCCUUUAAACCUCAAGAUGACAACCAGUGGAGGAGGGUGAUAGUGCCCGACCCCCAGGCCAGCCGCUACGUCCACAAAGAGUCGUCCAUCGUCCCAUUGACCAAGUUCCAGGUCAAAGUCAAAGCGUUCAACAGCGAAGGAGAGGGACCCUACAGCCUCACAGCCGUCAUUUACUCCGCGCUGGAUGCUCCAUCCGAAGCUCCUGUGAGUGUCAACGGCAAAGCUCUCUCUGCAGUAGAAGCCACGGUGGGGUGGCGGCCGAUCUUACAAAGCAAUAUAGAGGGAUACCAGGUGAAGUACUGGAGGAAGCUGGAAGACGGCGAGGGCGGGGCUCAGAGGGUGGUGGUGCCCAGCAAGGAGAACCACACCAAGUUGGAGGGUAUGAAGCCCAGCUCCGUUUACCUCAUUGAGGUCAGGGGCUACAACUCUGCAGGCUUCGGGCCGCCCAGUGAACACAUCCAGAUCCACACCAAGCGAGCCCCUCCCAGUCGACCGCCAAAAAUAAUAGGUAAAAAGUUAAAGGGCCGGUUAGUAAAUAUUGCCUGGGAACACGUUGAACCGCUGGAAAACGAGUCAUCGAUAAAUGGCUACAAAGUGCUGUGCUGGAUUAAGGGGAACGCCACACAAAUCCUGUACACAACAACCAGGCGGUACAUAGAUCUUCCCCUGCCUCCAGGGGGAACCUAUGUGGUGGAGGUCCGGGCGUCCACAGAAGGAGGAGACGGGGCUCUGGCACAAAUCGUCAUCACAAAUGGCGGCGUGAUGGCUGCCCAGUCCCUCAGCGUACUUUCCCUGCUCCUGGGGGCCCUCCUCUGCCUGAACCUCUGAAUGUAGCGCCAUCUUUGUCUUCACUCCUCGUGAAGAAGACUCUUUAAGCUAGACGCCUGUUAAGGACUUUGGGACUUUCCACACUCUCUCGGCUCCACCCUACAAACCGGGACUUCGUAUAUUCCAACUCUUCCCCUCUGGAAUUUGUUUGCAGGAAUAGACCGAAAUGGAAAAAAUUGGAAAUGGACAAAGACAUUCCUUAUUUAUCCACAAAAAAACACCUCUUUGGAGGAGCGUCAAAAGGAGAUCUGUCAACUUUUUAAAUAUGCCUUAUAUAAACGACUGCACUUAUCUUUCCCAGUGAGCUGUUUUUAAAUGGAUCAUGGCUGAAUAUGUGAGCGUUACACUUUACACAGUUUGGCAGUUUGAUGUCUAUAACAUGUUCUAAUCUGUCCCACAGUGCAUUCCACAGUGAAAGUAAACAAGUAGCUGUGAAGGAUAAGUGAAUCAGUUUAUAAAACUGUCUUUGUCUCUCUUUACUUGCAGUUCAGUGGCAUUUUCUUAUGUUUUCUUUUCUAAAUGAAGCACAUACUCUGUUACAGAGAUACAGUCAAAGCAAAUCUCAUCCUUUUACAUACUAGAUUGUUUUAACAAGCAUCAUGGAGAAGAGCUAUUUAUGUCAUGCUGAAAUAAUAUAUCCAAUAAUUGAUAUUGUUUUGCUAUCUAAUAUACUAUGGAUGUUAUGCAGAGAAAUAGAUUGGUUUAUCUGGAAUCAGUGCUUAUUUACAAAUCACAACAUGAACUCAAGACCAUAUUCACACGGCAGCCAUUUUCCUCUGAUGUCAUGCUCGGGGUGGGAAUGCUCAUAACAUAGUUCAAGCUGGAUAACAUAGUGUUGCUGUGAGAAGUGCAUUGAUAUCUCCGGAUUAUAUUGUCUUUCCCAUUGUAUAACCGUGUAUUGUAUAACUGUGUUAAACAGUGACGUUAGCUAGGAAGGGUUUGGAUGCUUACGUUAGCUGUAGAUCAAGUGUGUUGUGUAAUCUUGAAAUAAGGUGCCAUGUCCCUCCAGAUUGUUUACGACCCAUUGUCUUUCCAGUUGUUGAUCAGUUAGGAAGCAGUGAAUUGAAAACAGUUUGUCAGACUCCCUGCGUUUCUGUGACUUAUAAACCUGGAUCACAGCAACACAACAUUAUUCAGUUCAUAAAAAGGAUUAGCCCCUCCCGCCCGAAUCAUGCCGCCAGAGGAAAAUGGCUGCUAGGUGGCUAUGGUCUGUUCAACCACCUUAAAGUUGUGUGCAUGUUGACAUUGUUACAUGAGUCAAUUUGAAAGGGUUCAGAGGUGCUGGAGAGUGACGCAGCUCUUGGAAUCAAUAUUGCAAAACUGAAUGUAACGCAAACCACAGGACCAGGUGAACAUAUCAAACAUAUUGAACAUGUUCUUAUUCCACUGAUUUACCACCUGUAGUUGUACGUGUACAUCUGUGCAGUGAUCAACACCUCAACAUCUGGGUCAAUGUCGUAACCGAUGCUUAAAAGUAGAAGUACUUUUGUUUUGACUGUAUCACGAGGACCUCAGUGGUACAAGCCAGUGCUUUGUAAAGAAUGUUGGCUUUUUUUUUCUUUGUACAUUUUCAUGUUGUCUCUCAUUUAUGGCUUCUUUUGAGAGUCACAGUAGCGACGCUCAUGCCCUCCUGUAAUUGUGCAAUGUCUGAUUCAUCCGUGGCUAACUUUGUAUAUUUUCCAAUAAGACAACUUGCCUAGCUCCUUUAACAGUAAAUCUAGUAUAUUUCAUUUUUUUCAUUAUCUUGUUUUAACAGAAGGUAUAAGCGAAGGCAUCCAUGUCGGCGGAAAGAGCCAAAGGUCAUGACAUUGUUUUCACUCCAUUAUUUUAAACUUUUUUUUUUUAACAAAGAAAUAUAUGAACAUAAUCAGCUGUUGUCAUUUUUUUUUUGUUCAUAAUUAAUAUAUGUGCAUGUCUUCACUGUUAAAAUGUUGAUUUCCCUCAACAACAAAUGCUGCGUUUUGGAUUCCUACCAUUCACGUGUUGUGUGACUGAUGCUGGCCAUGCUUCUACAUUGUGACUAUAUCAACAUCCACCACAAAGUGCUUUUGCCGGUCAUUUCCUUCAUGCGACAAAUCGAAACAAAAAAGAAGAGUUGCCAAAUGCAUGAAUGCCGACAACCUUGACUGACAUUUGGGUCGAGGCGGCGACUCUACGCUCUGACAUGCAUGACAUUGCAGAUGACGUGUACAUUACUUUGCAACCAAUCGACACCAUAGCGACUUCUCAACCUCUGUGCUCCAUCUGAAAUACAUUCCAUUACUGAGUGACGUCCCUGUGUGUCAGAGACGGUAGAGAUCUGAGCCUAACACGGGCUUCUGUCAUCUCAUGUGACGUUUUAGGGUGAGUCUUUUAAAGAGACAAAAUCCAACUAAAGGAAUCUCACUUGUAAAAAGCUCAGACAUGGUCUCUUGCACAAGAUGGUUGGAAUUUGAUGGCUUCACUGGAGGCAGUGGCAGCGUGUUUUGGCUGUCCAGUGCUCCGCUGGACGAGAACGGUACAUGUGAGGGCUGAAACUGGAACUUCUCAUUGGCUGGAUAAGGAACAAUAAAAGUGUAGUUAACUAUUAAA